AGGUGUAUUCAUCAUCUUUUCUCUCUCCUCUUCUCUCUCUCCUCUUCUCUCUCUCUCUCUCUUCUUGGAUUCGUUUUUUUAUUUUUUCGUGAGCUGUGGGUUCUUAUAGGAGUUUGGAAUCGGGAGAUGUCUAGGGAUUCCGACUCAAUCGGAGAAGGGCAGGGAUCACAUAGAAUCUUCUGAAUGUGAAGGCUGAAGCUUUGACAGAUUGGUUACAGCUAUGCUUCGGAUUUUGUGGUUAUUUUUUAUUCCCGUUUUGGCUCUUUCCUGUGGUAGGAAACCCUGAAGAUCCCGUAGCGUCGAGGGGUCGGCAAUUAGGUAAAGAAAAGGAUGGUUCUCACGAUCUCCACUCAUCUUUAAGUUUCGUGGGCGUACAGAGUAGAGGAUCUUGGAGAUCUCAUUUAGCUGAUGUUCUGAAUAAUUUUGUAGUUCAAUUUGAAUUUUAUUGGCUUUCUCCAAUCAAAAAGUGCCAUCUUGGUAAAGUUUGAUUCAAGAGAAGACGAUCUUUUGUAUUUUGCUGGCUAUUUCUGGUGCUUAUACGGUGGGUUUCUCCUUGCCGAAAGAGGGGCUGGGGAGGGAGUGUUACAAGCGUCGCUUUAGAGCUUUUUCCGGGGGCUAUAGGACAGCUUAUUCAGGUCCAUCCAUGGCUAUGUUUCGUCCUGAUCACCAUGCUCGCCGUCUUUGAUUCUUCUGUUGAUUGAUAUUCUCUUUCCUGAUUCUGCCCGAAGUACGGCUAUUGUUUCUGACAAACAAACUAUUCCUCACCGGAAAGAUGGACGGAGCUGUUCUUAUAGCCAUAGCUGCCACUAUAGGCAACUUGUUACAGGGCUGGGACAAUGCCACAAUUGCUGGAGCUGUUAUCUACAUCAAAAGGGAAUUUAAGUUGCAGACAGAACCUACUAUUGAAGGAUUAAUCGUUGCCAUGUCGCUUAUUGGGGCUACUAUUAUUACUACAUUCUCUGGACCUGUUUCAGAUCGACAUGGCAGACGCCCUUUGCUAAUCCUUUCCUCAGUUCUUUAUUUUGUUAGUGGUGUUGUGAUGCUUUGGUCUCCAAAUGUUUACACCUUGCUUCUGGCCAGGCUCAUCGAUGGGUUUGGAGUUGGCUUGGCUGUUACGCUUAUCCCUGUGUAUAUUUCUGAGACAUCUCCACCAGAGAUAAGAGGCCAGCUAAAUACACUUCCUCAAUUUAGUGGGUCGGGAGGAAUGUUUCUAUCAUAUUGUAUGGUGUUUUUGAUGUCUCUAAUGGCGAAUCCCAACUGGAGAGUGAUGCUCGGAGUUCUAUCUAUCCCUGCUUUAGUGUAUUUGGCCUUAACAGUAUUCUUCUUACCUGAAUCCCCAAGGUGGCUUGUAAGCAAAGGGCGAAUGGUGGAGGCCAAAAGGGUUCUACAGAGGCUUCGUGGAAGGGAUGAUGUCUCAGGAGAGAUGGCUCUUCUUGUAGAAGGUCUGGGUGUUGGGGCAGAUACUUCGAUUGAGGAGUACAUCAUUGGUCCUGCUAAUGAGAUCAUUGAUGAACAAGAACACGAUGGUGAGAAGGAACAAAUUACACUCUAUGGGCCUGAGGAGGGCGUCUCGUGGGUUGCACGCCCUGUAAAGGGGCAGAGCAUCCUUGGAAGUGUUGUUUCUCGCUAUGGUAGCAGCUUGGAAAAGCAGGGCAACAUUCCUCUCAUGGAUCCUCUUGUCACUCUCUUUGGUAGCGUCCAUGAAAAGUUACCCGUUACUGAGAUGGGCAGCAUGAGAAGCACUUUAUUUCCCAACUUUGGAAGCAUGUUUAGUGUUGCAGGGCCUAAAACUGAGCAAUGGGAUGAAGAGACUGGCCAAAGAGAGGGUGAUGAAUAUGUCUCUGAUGUUGCUGCAGGAAGUGAUUCUGAUGACAAUUUACAGAGUCCAUUGAUUUCUCGUCAGACAACAAGCAUGGAGGGGAAGGACAUUGUUCCUCCACAAGCUGCUCAUGAAAAUGGCGAGGCUGUUAGCAGUAUGGGUAUUGGUGGUGGUUGGCAACUGGCAUGGAAAUGGGCGGAGCGAGAGGGCCCGGAUGGGAACAAGGAAGGAGGCUUUAAGAGAAUCUAUUUGCACCAAGAGGGGGUGCCUGGUUCAAGGAGAGGUUCACUUGUUCAAGUCCCCGGUCAGGAAGUUCCAGAAGAAAGUGAAUUUAUCCAGGCCGCGGCUUUAGUGAGCCAACCUGCUCUUUACUCUAAGGAGCUGCUGGACCAGCAUCCUAUUGGACCGGCAAUGGUACAUCCAUCAGAAACAGUUUCUAAAGGUUCUGUGUGGGCAGAUCUUCUUGAACCUGGUGUCAAACAAGCACUUAUUGUUGGUAUUGGUAUUCAAAUUCUGCAGCAGUUCUCUGGCAUAAAUGGUGUCCUGUAUUACACACCUCAAAUUCUUAAACAAGCAGGAGUUGAAGUGCUUCUUAAAAACCUUGGACUUGGUUCUGAUUCAUCAUCCAUCCUCAUCAGUUCUCUCACUACUCUGUUGAUGCUCCCUGCAAUAGGUGUUGCCAUGAGGCUAAUGGAUAUAUCUGGGAGAAGGUUUCUUCUCCUCUCCACCAUUCCAAUCCUCAUUUGUUCACUCCUUGUACUGAUCAUAGCUAAUUUAGUCGAGCUCGGAACGGUGGCUCAUGCCGUGCUCUCCACGGUCAGUGUCAUCGCCUAUUUCUGCUGCUUCGUCAUGGGAUUUGGUCCAAUCCCCAACAUUCUCUGCGCAGAGAUCUUCCCCACCAGGGUUCGCGGCAUCUGCAUAGCCAUUUGCGCCCUCGUCUUUUGGAUCGGCGACAUCAUAGUCACAUACUCCCUCCCUGUCAUGCUCAACAGCAUUGGCCUUGCUGGUGUCUUUGGGAUUUAUGCCAUUGUCUGUGUCAUUGCAUUUUUCUUCGUCUUCCUCAAGGUACCUGAGACCAAGGGAAUGCCUCUUGAGGUCAUUACAGAAUUCUUCGCAGUUGGUGCAAAGCAAAAGCAGCAGGCAAAACAGAAUUGAUGCGAGGUGUGGAAAGUUAGA